AACGAAAGCAUGAUAUAAAAGACAACAGAAAAACAAAAAAACUUACCAAGAUCAUUCAAAAACAUAAUUUGUGCAAUUAUAUUCAAAUACUUUUUCUUUCCGCUAAUAGCCCGGCUGGGCCCCGGUUGCGUCAUGUGACCUUAAUUAGCAUUAAGAAUGAUUAACAAGGUUCAAAGUCCACAAAAAAGGGACCGGGUCAAAUUUGAGUGACCGUGGUGGUGAUAGUGUCACGAGUAACAGCUCAGGAUACAUUCACGGAGUGACUCCAGUGUGAUAGGUCCACCCAACAUGGCACCAACGCGCUGGGGGUUUGUGAGCACGGGGAGGAUCUGUAACGACUUUAAGGUGGCUCUAGACACACUGCCUAGAGAGGAACAUCAGGUUGUCGCCGUGGCGUCCAGAAGCCUCGAAACUGCCCAGAAAUUUGCUCAAACUCACAACAUCCCAGCUGCGUAUGGUUCAUAUGCAGAACUAGCAGCGCAGGAAGACAUCGACGUGGUGUACAUCGGCGCCAUCCACCCCCAGCAUGCCCCAGUGACUACCAUGAUGCUCCAGGCAGGGAAGCCUGUCCUGUGUGAGAAGCCGAUGUCUGUCAACUCCCGAGAGGCGAGGCAGAUGAUCGGCCUCGCUAAGGAGAAGAACCUCUUCUUUAUGGAGGCUAUCUGGAGCCGACACUUCCCAUCGUACAGAAAAGUCCGUGAGAUGAUCGGAUCGGGUGUUGUUGGGGUGGUCAAAAUGGUCACCGCGUGUUUUGGGAAGGUUGUGCCUAAAGCCGGACUAGAAAGGUCAGUUUUUUUUCUUUCUUUUUGUUUGAUUAAGGCUAUAAAGAGUCGGUUCUUCCCGGCGUACAAGAAAGUCCGUGAGACCAUCGACUCUGGGCUUGUUGGAGAGGUGGUGCUGGUCAGCGUCUGUUUUGGGAAGAAUCUGCCUACUGCGGGGUAUAAGCAGGAAAGAUCCAUAGCAGGAGGAGGACUGCUUCUUCUUGGGAUUUACCCGAUCCAGUUCGCCACCAUGGUGUUUGGAGGAGAGGAACCAGAGGACAUCACUGUUAGUGGAAAUCUCACGGAUGGGGGAGUUGACGAGACUGUCACCAUUGUUCUGAAGUACAGCCACAACAGGAUGGCAACUCUGGUCUGUAGUACAGCUGCAAACUUUGCUAACGAGGCGUAUGUCUACGGGACUGAGGGCUCUGUCAAGAUUCCGUUCUUCUGGUGUCCCACAGAAGUGAUCGCUCCAGACGGGACCCACGAGUUCCCCCUCCCUCCUCCAGGGAAGACUCUAAACUUUGAAAACAGCACGGGGAUGAGGUUUGAAGCCAUGGAAGUCAGGAGGUGUCUACAGGAAGGUUUGAUUGAGAGUCCCCUGAUGAGCCAUGCCAUGAGUCUACAGAUAACCGGUAUCCUGGACCAGGCACGGAAGUUACGAUAUUAUGUUUUUAGCAGGACCAGAGAGACAAAUAAUUUACACAGAAGAAGUGGCAAAGAAAGACACAUGUACAGAGUUACGCAAGUAGCUGCACGUAUGAUGGCACCGACACGUUGGGGGUUUGUGAGCGCCGGAAAAAUCUGCAACGACUUUAAGGUGGCCCUGGACACUCUGCCGAAGGAUGAACACCAAGUUGUGGCAGUGGCAGCCAGAAGCCUGGAAAGUGCCCAGAAGUUUGCCAAAACUCACGACAUCCCGAGAGCCUACGGAUCAUAUGCAGAGCUGGCAGCACAGGAGGACAUUGAUGUGGUGUAUAUCGGCAACAUCCACUCCCAGCAUGCCCCAGUGACUACCAUGAUGCUCCAGGCAGGGAAGCCUGUCCUGUGUGAGAAGCCGAUGUCUGUCAACUCCCGAGAGGCGAGGCAGAUGAUCGGCCUCGCCAAGGAGAAGAACCUCUUCAUUAUGGAGGCUGUCUGGAGUCGCUACUUCCCAGCGUACAAAAAGAUCCGUGACAUCAUCGACUCAGGGGCAGUCGGGGAAGUAAAAGUUGUGACGGCAUGUUUUGGAUUUAAAGUUGGUGAUGUGCCGAGGUUAAGAGAAAGUUCCCAGGCUGGAGCAACCCUCCUUGAUCUAGGGACCUGGGGAUCUGGGGAUCUAUUGCAAUUUGCCGCCAUGGUGUUCGAAGGGGAGGAACCACAAGACAUCACCACUAGUGGACACCUUAGUGAUGGGGGAGAUGAUCAGACAGUGACUGUAGUGCUGAAGUACAGUGGAAACAGGAUGGCCACACUUCUGUGCUGCUUGUCUGCAAAUAUGGCUAAUGAGGCUUAUGUAUAUGGGACAAAGGCUUAUCUUAAGAUUCCAAACUUCUGGUGCCCCACAGAAGUGAUUGCUCCAGACGGGACCCACCAGUUCCCUCUCCCUCCUCCAGAGAAGCCUCUCAACUUUGUUAACAGCACAGGGAUGAGGUUUGAAGCCAUGGAAGUCAGGAGGUGUCUACAGGAAGGUUUGAUUGAGAGUCCCCUGAUGACCCACGCCAUGAGUCUACAGAUAGCCGGUAUCCUGGACCAGGCACGGAAGGUGGUCGGGGUGGUGUAUGACCAGGACAAGGAGUAAACCACUCGCAUGACAUGUUUUUUGACCUGUCAAAGAUCAGGAAACAUACAUGUACAAGCAAAGCUGUUAUGCAAGCUCCGCUGUCGAUGUCCACUAUAACUGACCCUUCUAAGGGGCAUGCAAUGUUGACUGGUUGCUUAAUCAGACUAGGGGUUUGAGGCCCAGGUCUGAAGUAAAUUUUCUGGCUGUUGCAUAAAUGUUAAUUCUCUUGUAACAGUAUUAUUACCAUGUAUUCUGCUAAAUAGUAUGUUGCCAGACCAUGGUAUGACCAAGGUAUAUUUGCAGUACAAUUGGGCAGUUAUAAACUGUGCAUAACAUAUAAUAUAUUGCCCUUUUUGACAAAUGAGUACAUGUAAGUUCAGUUGAUCUUACAACAGGAAGAGACUGUUGUUGCAAAUCAAAAAUGCUGUGCAUGCCGUGAGCCAUAAUUUUUACAUGUAGCAUGUUUGAGCCAUUUGUGCAACCAAGCAAGUAGAUAUCAUUUGAGAGAAGUGUCAGCGAGUGUGUUUUGAUGUACAUGACAAUGUCACAAUUCUUGUUGUUAGCAUGACCAAGAUAAAAAAUUCAACAAUUACCUCAGAAUGUUUGGAGUAACAAAUACAAGGAUUCAUGACACGCAAAGAUUUGUAUCUAAGAAUUUCCAAUGUAAUAUUAUUGGUAUUUAAUAGUUACAAUGAAAUAAAUUCUAGAUCUAUGAUAUGCAUGUACAUGUAUCAGAAAUACAAUGUACUCUCUGCAAUUAUACAAAAAUAAAAGACUUCAGAAAAUUUUA